AUGCUGUCUUCAUCGCCACCGCCAGUGCCGCCACCUCACCGUCCUGCUCGCGACGAUGAACGCGAUCAAACACAAUAUUCUCUGGAUCUGGACGCUUUGAACCUCGACGAUGAACCAAGUGCUCUGGAUUCGCCCAGCGUCCAUCGCGUGGUUGACAAGAUUCACAGUGAUGAUAUUGAUGGACCAACCGACUUUACUGUCAAUCUAGCCAGAUACUUCAAGGGCACACCACGCAAACAACCACUACCAGCAUGGGAAGAACAGCAAGAUUUGUUCGACGAGACGACGCCCGAUUUCUUGACAAACUCCUCACCCAAUCCCUCACCGAGACUCAGUCGCAGUACUCAGAGCGAACCUGGUGCCAGCGACACAACCCCUCGCCCUGACCAAGGUGACUUUGAAGAGACGAAGAAGAAUAUGCUGCAACCCACAGUCGAGGACUAUUACUCCGAGCUCACUCCUGGUCAUCCUACUUCCAUCAACAUCACGCCCGAUCCCGCUCAACGACGAUCAUACUCGACCUCGCGAUUGCGAGAGUCACAAAACCAACGACCCUCAAGUCCUCCCACAAUCUCGUCUAUGCGAUCACCCAUGCCACACUUUGACAGCACACCCAACCAGAAGCCUCAUAGUCUGUAUCAAGAAUUACAAAAGUUGCGCGCAUUGAAUGAGUCUCUACAAACUCAACUCGACACAGAACGCGCCUCUCGCCAGUAUCAACAAUCCGAUCGCUCGCAAAGUAGAAGUCGUUCUGAGGAUACGAAUGAGCUGGAUGCCUUGCGAAAUGAGUUGACUCGCCUGCGCGACGAGUCAAGAAACUACCAAAAACAAAUGCAGGAUCUCCAAGCCGAUCUGGAAGAAUCAAAGGCCAACGAGAAGGAUGCUGCAAAGCUUGCAGACGAUCGCGCGAAAGAGUUGGACCAGAUGCAUGACAGCGAGGAUGCCGAGAUACACAAUCUGCAGAUUCAACUCGGUCAGGCUCGUGAUGCUGAACGUCAAACUCACGAAUCGCUCGACAAGGUCAAGGAUGAGCUGAAAGCCAAGGACAACCUGCUUGCAGACAUUCNNAAAACCAGCACAAAGCAAAGAGUAAUGAGCUUGAACGUGUACAACAGCAAUUGUCUGACGCGCGAAGAGAGAUCCAGCAGGCAAAGGACGAUCAAGAGGAGGAUGCCGAUGUUGACCGUACCAAGGNUUGACAUGGAUGAUACACCUUCGGCGUCUGAGAGGCAAGAAGAACUCGAACGCCAGAUCGCAAGUUUGCAAACUCAGUUGGAGGAUAUGCGCAGGACAGUUGACAACAAGGACAAACUCAUUGCAGAUCUCAAAUCCCAGAUCAAGGAUGAUCUGACAAACGAAGGUCUAAGAAAACAAUUGCAACAAGCUCAAGAUGCGCUUGCAGCCAAGGAGAAGGCUGUGCAAACCGCUCAUGAAGAUGCCGAUACCAAAGCAGCAGAGAUGACUCGAGGACUCGCUCAGCAACUGCAACAAGCAAAUCAGCGACUUGCUGCUUACGAGACUGAAAAGAAUUACGACAAGUCAAACACAACCUCGGAACAGCUCGCAGCACAGCUGCAGAAAGCGCGGGACGAACUGAACUCUGCUUUGCAGCAGCAUGCGUCUGACAGAAACGCUUGGGCAAGAGCAGACAGUGACGCUCAGCAGUCUCAGGCUGACGUUUACGAUCAACUGAAGAAGGAGCAAGAGCGUCACAGGAAGGCGAAUGAAGAAGUGCGUUCCCUGAAAGAAGAGCUGGACGUGCUUCAACACUUCGACCGAAUGGAAGACAAGUCACUCUCUUCAUCCCAUGACUCAACACAACACCUCGCGGACUCCUUACGCAAAGACCUCCAAGCACUUCGCAACCAACUCGAGUCUCAGCGCAAAGAACACCACGACGAGAUAGAAAGACUCCGCGAGUCUUGGACAUCACCUGCACCUCCUUCCGACUCUGACUCUGCAGCUAUACAAACCUUGCGUGCAGAACACCGCCGCACAAUCGAUCUGAUCGAAGAAGGCAUGACUAGCCUGCGCACCUCCCGCGACACCCUCUCGCUGCGUACAAACGAACUUGAAACCACCCUCUCCACCACGCAAUCCGACCUGCAAACCACCACCAAUUCUCUCGCCCUCGCCGAAGCAGACCUCGCCGCCAAAACUUCCGAAUUGCAAACACUCACUCUUGCCUCAAACACUACUGAAGAAACCCUCAGAGACACAAUAUCAGAGCUUGAAAAGACGAAAACAGAGUUAUCAGAGUUGCACGCACUGAAUCUCGACUUUGACACUAAAUUGUCUUCUACACUUAAGAAGAGGGAAGAUUCAUGGCGUAACAAAGUCAAAGCGUUGAAAGACGAGAUUGUGGCACAAAAACAGAGGAUUGAGGCGCUUGAGGAUGAGAGAAGAGGGAUGGUCAAGGCUUUGAUGGGCUUUUGGGGCAGAGAAGAAUUUGGUGGAGAUGAUGGGUUGGCAAGUUCAGAUGGUGAUGAAGCUACGAAAGAAGGCAGGAGUCAGAAGUUUAGGUAUAGGUUUGCAAGGGCGUGA